AUGUCAUCUCCUAAGAACAAUCAGAAGAGGCCGGAUGAAGAGACCAUUGCGGUUAAAGUAGAGAAGGAAAAGAAAGCUGAUGAUAAACCCAUAGGAGAGAAUUCUGAGGAAGACGGCGAAGAUAAAAACAACAACAAGCCACUUGAUGAUGAGGAUAUUGACAUUUUAAAGAGCUACGGCCUUGGACCCUAUACCGGGCCGUGCAAGAGGGUAGUAUAA